AUGGAUCAAGUAAACGUGACCGCUAACGCAACGAGCAACGCGACAGGCGUCAACGAUGAAGAAUGGACGGACUCGGUGGUGUUCAAGAUACGGACGGCCGUCUUGCUGCUUAUCGUCAUCAUGGCCGUGCUAGGCAAUAUGCUGGUCAUCGUCAGUGUUAUGAGGCACAGGAAACUCCGCGUUAUAACAAACUACUUCGUGGUAUCUCUAGCAUUUGCUGACAUUCUGGUAGCGAUGGUGGUCAUGCCGUUCAACUUCAGCGUGCAAUUUUACAACGAGUGGAUUUUCGGUACCGUCAUAUGCGACCUCUGGAAUUCAUCGGAUGUCUAUUUCACUUCGACAUCAAUAUUACAUCUCUGCUGUAUAUCUGUUGAUAGAUAUUACGCUAUUGUGAAGCCUUUGAAGUACCCUAUUAAAAUGACUAAGAAGAUGGCGUUUGUCAUGUUAGCCGCGACGUGGCUCAGUCCCAUAACAAUAUCAUACGCACCCAUCUUCAUGGGCUGGUAUACCACCAGUGAAUACAUCAGAACUAGAGCGCAGAACCAAUGCGAGUUCAAAGUGAAUAAACCCUACGCUGUAAUAUCUAGCUCAAUAUCGUUUUGGAUACCGUGUACAAUCAUGAUAUUUACUUAUCUAGCUAUAUUUAAAGAAGCGAAUCGACAGGAGAAAGCGCUCCACGCGAGAGCGGGUAAUGCAAUGUUGAUGCAUCGGCAUUCUAGAGAAGUGGGGGAUAAAAACGGCGCUCUACAUAUCAACGCUACAACACCAACUAAAGAUAGGAAUAUCCUCAAGAUGAAGAGAGAACAUAAAGCCGCCAGAACAUUAGGCAUCAUCAUGGGUGCUUUCAUCCUCUGCUGGCUCCCGUUCUUCCUCUUCUACUUGUCCACCUCCCUGUGCGACACCUGUGAAUACCCCGAAGUAUUGACUGUUAUCAUGUUUUGGACUGGUUACUUCAAUUCCGCGUUGAACCCGAUCAUCUACGCGUACUUCAAUAGAGAUUUCAGAAAUGCAUUCAAGAAUACUCUAGCUUGUGCGUUCUGUAGUUUCUGCCGGCGGAAUUCGUUGGAUUCCGACGCGCUGGAAAGACUGGACCGACGCGGUUCAGCGCAAUUGAGAGUGCCAAUCCCAUCAAGAAGACAAUCUGAUCUAGCGUCCCUUUGA